UCGCUUUGGGAUUCAGGAAAGGGAAUGCGGCUUUGUUUUCCUUCUGCUGACUGACAGCCAACGUCAGCUAGCUACGCUAGUUAGCUAACAAAAUUGUUCAUUAAACUUUCGUUGAUAUUAAAAGUGCACGAGGGCAACUGGAAAUGGAGAGAGACUCAGUGUUCCACAAUGACCGUCUGGGAGCACCACGUAACCCACUACUGGACCAGCUCCCCAGCUACCAGUCUCUGCUGUACCGCAGAAAGCCCUCCGCCUCGGGCAGUAACAAGCGCCGUGGAAGCUCACGGACCAGGCUGGGCUCCUCCAGCAGUGGGAAAUGGGGACAGACCACAUUGGCCAGACAGCAUGAGGAGAAACACAGGACUCAGACCCUACAGAGACCAGUCAGGGAACUGCCCAAACCUAUGGCGGAGAAACGCAGAGACAAGGACCAGCGUUUGGAGCAGGCCAAGGAUCUGAGCAGUUGGAGCCAGUGGAGACAGAGCACCAGACGGACCCUGAGGAGGCUGAAGGAGGAUGGGUUUGAGAUGCUCAGCAACCUGGAGCUCUGGAGGGGAGACAUCCAUGUCAUUGAGGGGAUGUUUGGCACGGGGAUCCUGUCCUACUUCUCCUUCCUGCGUUUCCUGGUGCUGCUCAACUUCAUCAUGUUCCUGCUCAUGUUCGGCUUUGUCAUGCUGCCCAUCAUCACCGCCCCCCAUGCCUCAGGGAACUCCACCUUCAACCACGUAGAUGGCUUCGAGUGCAGUAACUACCCCAGCACCUCUCGCCGUGGCCUGGUGGUUUUCCACCAGCACAUCACAGACCUCCUCUCAGGGGCGGGCUUUCUGGAGCAGACCUACCUCUUCUAUGGUUACUACAAAGUAGAGACCAUUCACUUCCCUAAGUUCACCUACAACCUGCCUCUGGCCUACCUGCUGGUCACCAUAGCCUACCUCUUCCUCAGUCUCAUAUGGAUAGUCAAAAGGUCUGCGACUGGCUUCAAGCGUAAACUGGUGCAGGACGAGGAUCGCUUCCAGAGCUUCUGCAACAAGAUCUUUGCCGGCUGGGACUUCUGUAUCGUCAACGACAGCGCAGCCAGGCUCAAGAGGAGCAGUCUUCUUUAUGAACUGAAGACUGAUCUGGAAGAGGAGCGCAUCAAGCAGAAGAUAGCAGACAGGACACGGAAGGAGAAGUGUAGGAUCUACGUGAUCCGACUGAUCCUGAAUCUGUUUGUGAUCGCUGUACUGGCUGCCUGUUUCUACUCCAUCUACAUAGCCACCAACUUCUCCCAGAAAGCACAGAUGACCAAGGUGAACUUCAUCCUGGACCUGAUCUAUGAGUAUCUGCCUUCCAUCGUCAUCACCCUGGCCAACUUCAUCACCCCCCUCAUCUUCUCCAUCAUCAUCCAGUUUGAAGACUACUCCCCCGCCUUUGAGAUCCGCUUCACUCUCAUGAGGUGUGUGUUCAUGCGCCUGACCAGUAUCUGUGUGCUUCUCGUCUCCCUCUGGGGUCAGAUCACCUCUUGCCAGGAAGGCAACUGUGUCUGCGGGUACAACCACAUCCUCUACCCGUGUUGGGAGUCUCGCGUGGGCCAGGAGAUGUACAAACUCAUGAUCUUUGAUUUCAUCAUCAUCGGUGCCGUCACUGUCUUUGUGGAGUUCCCUAGGAAACUCAUAGUGGACUACUGUGACUGCGGCCUGGCCAAGUGGUGGGGCCAGCAGGAGUUUUCCAUCCCCCAGAACGUCCUGGAGAUUGUGUAUGGCCAGACCAUCUGCUGGAUCGGGACAUUCUACUGCCCCCUGCUGCCCGCCAUCUGCACCAUCAAGUACUUCAUCAUCUUCUACAUCAAAAAGGUGACCCUGGUGAAUAACUGCCGCCCGGCCACCCGUCCGUUCCGAGCCUCCAGCUCCAACUUCUUCUUCCUGGCUGUGCUGCUGAUUGGCCUUGCACUGGCCUGUGUACCUGUCACCAUUGGCAUCGCACAGAUCAGCUGUUCCCAGGCCUGUGGUCCCUUCGUUAACUACACCACAUCCUGGGAGGUGCUCCCCCGGACGGUGUCCCAUCUGCCUGCAGGGGCACGCACGUUCCUCCUGGCCAUCUCCUCUGAGGCAUUCGCCGUCUCCCUCUUUGUCAUCACAUGCCUGGCCAUGUUUUAUGUCAUUGCUCUAGCUGGAGCGCACAAGCGAGUGAUCAACCAACUGAGGGAACAGCUAGUCAUGGAUGGGCGAGACAAGCGUUUCCUGAUCCAGAAGCUGUGUCAGGCCCAGAGGACCUGUGCUAUUAUAUCCACAGGUGCUGGUUCUCAGUCCCACUCCUCAGACAGAGUCAGUCCCAGCUACCGCUCCAACUCUGGGGUCUUCCUGGUCCAGCCACCCCCGGACUCUGCUACUCAUGUCUGAAUUGCUAGGAUUAGGCCCUUGAGUUUUACCUGACCAAAAAACUCAGGGCUCUUGAUAUUACUUGUAACUGGCUGUCUAAACACUAUUACUUGCAGACACUAUAGGGGCUGGCUUCCCAGAAAUAUAUAGUCUAGACCUGGACUAAAAUCUAUGUUCAAUGGAGAAUCUCCAUUAAAAUAGCUUUUUAGUCCAGGGACCAGGCUUGAUCUGUGUCCAGGAAACCAGCCCUACCACUGGCAGACACUAGAUUUGAGGAACACUAUGCAACUAGGGGAUUAGCUUUGCCUAUCUUUGGUUUUGAUCCAACGCAUUUUGAGAUCUGUGAAUGUUCAAACGUUUAACAAGCACAGUUUUACAAUAUUGGACCAAUAGUUUGAACUCAAGGCUGGCAAAAUAGCUAUUUACUGCCUUUUUGUGGGGAAUAUAUUGUCCUGUUUGUUGUUUACUAUAUGUAGCCUACCAUAAACAUGACUAUAUGUGAUGUGAUGAUGAUAAUUCUGCUGACUACGACCUUUUUUCCUUCCAAGAAGGACUCUAUUUAUGACAAGAACCACUAUAAAACUUUGAAUUGCCCUUCUGCGUAAAGUAAUUUAAAAAAAAUCAAAGCUGAUCCCAUAUUGUUCCACUUGAACGCCUAUAAACACUAAACAUUCUUCUUGCACUUUAAAUGUGGCCUUUCUUGUUUAUCUUUUAAAGGUAUACUGUAUUGAUUUGUGUAAACUUAUAUUCUUUAAUCUCUUGUUUACUAUUUCCAUUAACUCCCUCUAAGUAUUACAUUUUAAUAACCAUGACAAGCUACAUGUGAUUUAAUAUUUCAAAAUGUAUUUGAGAUCUAUUGUCCCAACUUCCGCUACAUACCAAACUGAACUAAUACUUUUUUACUGUACUCUGUCUCCACUGCCUGUGUUCCAUAAAGGGGAAGUGUUGUUUUAUCCAUUGCAAACCAUUGUUUAUGAGUGAACUGUUACAUUUGAAUCAACUAGUAAGAUGUAAUUUUGGCUAAAGUUUUAUAAUUCCAAAAUCUGUGUGUUAUUCAUUGUUAUAAACUGGAUGGUUCAAGCCCUGAAUGCUGAUUGGCUGACAGCCGUGGUAUAUCAGACUGUAUACCAUGGGUUUGACAAAACAUGUGUUUUUACUGCUCUAAUUACUUUGGUAAACAGUUUAUAAUAGCAAUAAGGUACCUCAGUGGUUUGUGGUAUAUGGCCAACUCCGCUUUGCGUGGUGCUUAAGAACAGCCCUUAGCCGUGGUAUAUUGGCCAUAUACCACACACCCUCGGGCCUUAUUGCAUAUUGAAUUGUGGCUGGAAAAGGAAAAUAAAUCAUGCAAGUAUUUAAAACGUGUCGACGCCUCCAGAAUAUGUAGCUACUGCGCCUUCAACAGCUGGAACCGGAGGCAGCGUGCACUGUCAAUUCGGUUGUCCAGAAAAAUCUUCUGGCGAAAACUCGGAAUAACGGAACCGGUAGACAUGGCAGUG